AUUGUCAACCUGAUUAAGCUACCUCAUCGGGCCCCACGUUUUUUGAUGUUAAGGCCUCUUUUGUGCAAACACAACGUAUAAAUGAAAUAAAUAUAAUUUCGGAAUAAGAUCAAAGUUCGCUUCAACACAAACAUCUCUUAUCUCAAUAGGUCCUUCAUAAAAACCACGAUAGCGAGAAAAUUAUAUACGCAAUGAGGCAACCAUACAUUAAAAUCAAGGUGGAGAAUAAUACAUUCGAUUCCUGGAUUUUGCUGCGACAAGUGGUGUGGGAAAUUUUAUUCCGUUGAAAAGAAAAUAGACGCAAAAACAAAUUUAGGCCCCAAAGUGGAAUUGGCUGGCGGACUAUCUACCAUGACUAAUCAUAUUCCGCGUAUAUCUUGGAUUCGGAGAAAUAUACAUUGACAGGGAAUUGAAACCUGUUAUCCCGCCUGCCAUUGAUACUGAGGCCUUCUCUGUAAAGGGUCCAAGAUCAAAAACAAAUAAGUGAACUGCUUACAUUUGCCGUUGACCGAUCGGACGUCAUUUUGUCUUUGGGAGAUUGCCGAUAUGAUACGAAGAUCAGAGUCAAUUAAAUUUCAAACAAAAUAUACGCAUAUCCACAUCAGGAUGAAAGGGAUGCAAACAUUUGUUUUAAGCGCACUCUGAGGAUAUAUAAGCUAUUUUUGGACAUUCUAACUGCCCAAUACUACAUCUGCGAUCAUUACACUGUGGAUUUAUCAUUCGAAUUACUUCAAAGAUAUUCAUUAUCUGACUUCUGCUGGGCACAUGAGAAGAGCGAACUUCUUAGCACGAGCAAACCAUCGACUACCACUGAGGAAAUAUUUGAAACAGAUUUGUGAUUAAAAACAAGAUUAUAUCAUUUCUCGUGUCAUCCUGAAAUAGUUCAGAAUUCGGUUUGAUGAAUGAGUUAAAAUGUGAUUCGAGGAGAGGGAAACAUGGCUCAGGAGACGAUUAUAACGGACCGCGUGCGAUAUCCCUCGGGAGUCAGCAGAAGGUCCCAACGGAGCAGAGAGUACAAGCUGGCAUCGCAGAACUUGUGGGCUAAAGCUCUCUCGGUGGUCGGGGUAGGGAUUCUGCUACUUCUAUGUUACGCCAUCUUCCCAGAGAUGCCUCUCAUUGUCGUCGGCGUCUGCACCAUCUUCUUGGGACUGUGCACUCUCAUCGCCGACCGCGUUAUCAAUAAUAAAUGUAAGAAGGGGCGACAGCAGGGACGUCGUGAUGGAGGUCGUCAACGAAAUGGGACCCGAGGUCGUAAUCCAAGUCAGUCGGUGACGAAUCAAGAUCUUGGGAGUGCAACCUCAAAUGAUAUUUGGACAUGCCCGAUGCCUUUAGAAUGGCCCAUCCCACCCUCGACGCCACCGCCCACCUAUACACCAACCAACCCAAUACCUUUAGAUGAAAACAUUGAACUUGGUCCGCCACCGUUUGAACCCCACCCUGCCCUCGGUCUCCCCCCUCCUCCUCCUCCUCUUACCCCUCCACCGCCUCUAACACCCCUACCCUCCCGUGAGAACGAUCACGAAGUAUGUAUUUCAUCGGAAUCUGACGAAGGCGAGGAUGAUGACGCGGUGACCGAGCUACCGAUCAUGUUCCCGCUGCGAACCCGUCGACGAUGUAUCUCGACACCACCGCUGCCAUCCUAUGAAGAGGUCAUUGAGGAAGAUCGACGGACGGUAGCGUCAGCGUCGUCCAUGCCGUCACUUUUAUCGCGCGAUUCAGCGUCAACGUCAUCGUCGUCGUCGUCAUCAUCGGCUGAUCAAUCACAAUCUUCUGGCGGAGACACGGCCGUGAGGUUACAGAACAAUCUAGCGUCAGAGGCAGCUUUAUCAAACGCAUCAUCAUCGUCGUCGGGCAUGCUUCCGAUACUUGCGCAGGCUUCAAGGACAAGAGCUUCUAGUUUACCAGUGAGGACAUAGCAAGUAUACAUCUCUUUGAAUGGGAACUUAUCUACAGAAUGUUAUACAUUGAAACUUCUUGGAGUAGUGGAUAGAAGGACAGCUAACAUGAUGAGUAGAAUUCUGGUCAGAGUGAUAGAGUUGGGAUCAGUUAGGAACUACGAACGAGAUGGAGUGCAUUUAUUUAAUACGUAUCUUGCCAUAGUCCAUUCAAAUGCAAGGUUUCUGUAAUAGUUUUUAGAGGUAUAACAACAAGUGUAUUUGUGUUGUGAUGGGGGGGGGGGAUAGUGAUAUGACGCCGUUGUCCAGUGGCAAUAUAACCGCCCCUGGUAUUUACGCCGAUUCUGUUUUCUAACUAAAGUCAACAUGUACGCCAACAUAUCAGAUGAUACUAUCCUCAUAAAACGUCAUUAAGGUAUUUACUUGGUAAUCGUUUGAUCAAACAAGUUAUUGAUUGUAAUCCAAGGGUGCGAAACAUGGAGAUGUUCACCUGACACUAAGUUUAAAAAAGCAAAAAGUUAGACAAUUAAGGAUGACGAAAAAAAUAAAAAAUAAAGAGAUGUUCAUAAACAA